CUUCAGACAUAAGCUUUGAAGCCCUAUCUCUACCUCUCUCCCCACUCUCAAUGGCUGUUCGGAGUGCGCUAGCUAAGCGCUUCUUCGACGGUUACAGAGCCGCCUCGCCGGCGGUGACCCGGGAGAACUCUCCGGCCCCCUUCCCCUCGGUUCGGGCCCCGACCUCCCCAGUUCCCGCCAAAACCGGCUUCCGCCGCGAGCUCCUGACCUCCCCGGAAUCCGCCGGCGGAGGAAUUCUCCGGCGGGCGCUGAACCAGUCCGCCGGAGCGCUGCCGGAGCUCCUAUCCCUCCCCACCGGCGACAGGCUGAGGGAGCAGCUCCGAGGCGACGGCCUCGCCGCAGAUCGCCGCCUGCCCGACGGGCUCUCGCCGCCGUCCUUGUCGGCGGCCAGGGGCGAGGCGCACGGGCUGACCGUUCGGGACGCGAGGAAGAUCCUGAGGCUUUAUCAGGUGGAGAAGGUGAAGGCGAAGCUGAGGGCGGUCUCCGAGAGCUCGAUUUCGUACGGCGAGUUCCUGAGGAUCUGCGUGGAGGAGUGCGGGGAGGAAGGUCGAGGGAUGGAGGUGGCGAAGACGAUGGACGAGUCUGGGAACGUCAUCGUCUUCGGGAGCGUGGUUCUUCUAAGCCCUGAACAGGUGGCCAAGUCUAUGGAGAGCCUGAUCUCCCGAUCCAUACCCGUCCCGAACGACCCGAGGCGAGAGGAGCUGCGGCGGAUGGAGACCCAAAAGGCGGCGAUCGACGCGAAGGCCCGGGGACAGGUCCGGGCCGAGCUCUACUGCGGGCUGGGCUUGACGACGGUCCAGACCAUCGCGUUCAUGAGGCUCACGUUCUGGGAGCUGAGCUGGGACGUGAUGGAGCCCAUUUGCUUCUUCGCCGCGUCUCUCCACUUCGCCGCCGCGUACGCCUUCUUCCUCAGGACGUCCCGCGAGCCAUCCUUCGAAGGUUUCUUCAGGCGCCGGUUCGAGACGAAGCAACGGAAGCUCUUCGAGGCCCACGACUUCGACGUCCGAAGGUAUCGCGAGCUCCGAGCGUUGUUCGGGCCUAAGACUUUGGGCAAAUAUUAGCCCAAUAGGUUACUGAAUUUGAUGAAUUCUAAGGCCCAAGAGUUUGAGAAUUGGAGAACUGGGUCACCCCAAAAAAUGAGCUGUACAGGGGAGGGAGGGUGUGUAGUUCCACAGUUUGCAAAUGGUCAGUGAACUGAUGGCCUAUGAUGGUAUGAUUAAAUUACUUUUGUUCAUGGUGUAAA